GCCAUUUUGGCUACGGCGAGCGCGCACAGCCAAAGCAGCUGACUCGAGCGCGCACGCUCGCGGGCGCCAGGGGCCGCCGAUGGCGGCGCAGCCCCCGUGCGGGCCCGCAGCCGACCCCGCCAAGGCUCGGCGGGCGGCCGCCCCGUCGGCCGAGGAAGGCGGCAUCGUGGAAGGCCUCGCGGGCGCGUCGGGCGCGGCGCCCAAGGCCGGCGGAGGUGACCAGGCCGGGGCCGAAGGGUGCGCCCCGGUCGCGUCUCGCGCGCAGAGCUGCGUCUGCCUGGCGGCCGUGUUCCUCGCGCGGUUCGAGGUCAGCGCCAUCGCCCUGUGCAUCCCGCCCGUGGCGGCCGAGUUCGGGGUGUCGCUGGAGCUCGCAGCCUGGGUCCACCUCGCGGGCAACUUCGCGGCCACGAUGACGGGCCCCCCGGUGGCCAAGCUCGCGGACAUGCACGGCCGCGAGCGCGUCUGGCACGCUUCCUUCCUGCUGCUGACCUGCUCCACGUGGCUCGCCGCUCUGGCGCCGUCCCUGCCCGCGCUGCUCGUCGCCCGGGCCGCCACCGGAGCGGCGCACUCCGGGAUCUUCGCGCCGAGCCUGGCGCUCCUGGCGCAGGGACUGGCUCCGUCCGAGCGUGGCGCGGUGGCUUCCACAGUAAUGACGGCCGACACCUUGGGCAGCAGCAUCGGGAUGCUGGCCGGCGGCGCCGCCGUCGCGCGCUUCUCCUGGCGCGCGGUGUUCUUGCUGCCCGCGGUGCCGAUGGCCUUUCUGUGGCUGCUCUCGCUAGGCCUGCUGAUCCCGCGCACGGCGGCCCAGGGAGGCGCCGAGCUGCUCCGCUUCGACGUCCGGGGCGCCUCGUGCUUCGCGGGUGCGAGCCUCUGCCUUCUCCUGGCGCUCAACCGUGGCAACGACCUCGGGUGGAGCAGCCCCACGGUCGUCGGCCUGACGCUGGCGUCGGUGCUGCUCUUCUUUGCACUGGCCCGCGAGGAGCGCUUCGCCGAGAAUCCGGUCAUCCCAAGUUGGUUGUUCGCAGGCAGAGUCCCAGUGACGUUGCUGCUCGUGCUGAUGUCGGCGUCCAGCUGCUAUGGCAGCACCCUGCUACUGCUGCCGCUGUUCCUCCAGGACGGUCUGGGCAUGGGCCCAGGUCGCAUCAGCGGGCUGCUCGUGCCGAGGCCGCUCACCGCCAUGCUCACCUCGGCCGCCAUGACGUGUGCCCUCCGCCGAAGCGGCGGCGGAGGCACCGCUGAGAGGCUGUCACUGGCCCGCGCCGGGAGCCUAGUCCUCCUCGCCGCGUACGUCGUGAUCAACGUGACCGCGAGGCUGGAGCAGGGAGCCGCCUUCUUCACGCUGUUGGAGCUGCAGAUCUGCCUGCAGGCCGCUGGCCACUUCGUCACCACGCUCUCCGCCAACGCCCUGCUGGUGGCCUCGGUUCCCGCGGAGCAGCUCGCGAACGCUUCCGCCAUACAGAAGGUGCUCAGCGCUACCGCCACGCUGCUCAUGACCACGCUGGGCGUGGCGGCCUCGCGCGCCGCCGAUGGCGCGGAGGAGCCCGGGAGCUACCGCACGCCCUGGCUCAUGGCCCUGGCCGUGGCCUCGUUGCCGGCGUGGCUGCUGUGGGCCGUGCCCGCCGGCGCGGAGGGAGCGCUGCCGCCCGCAGCCAGCCCAGGAGCGGGGCGCGCGCGCGCGGUGCCCGCGCAGUUGCUGGGGAAGGCCCCAGCGCCGCCAGAGGCGGCCGCCCAGCCCGCCGCGCGGCCCUCGACCG